AGGCUCCAUGCAUGAAUCACUCAGAGCAGAGCUCAACAAGGAUCUGAAGACAGGGCCAUUUCACGACUGGUCCCCAGCAGUGUGCUGAGCUGCCACAGAACCGAGGGAGCAGAGACCAUCAGGGAGGACUGUGGGGCCCAUAGCUAAACCUGCCAUGUCUCUGUGUCCACCUCUCCGAGGCAGAUGGAAGCUGGGGUGGAAGGACUCGAUGCGGGGCUCUCAGCAGCUCCCCCAGCAGAACUACGAGGCACUGCUGGACCGCUGCCUGAGGAACCACUGCCUCUUCGAAGACAGCAGCUUCCCGGCCACCCGGAGCUCCAUUGGCAGUGGGCCUCUGCUGCAGAAGCUGCCUGGACACCUGCAGUGGAGGCGACCCCCGGAGCUGCACAGCAACCCCCAGUUCUAUUCUACUGAGGCCAAAAGGCUGGAUCUGUGCCAGGGAGUAGUAGGAGACUGCUGGUUCUUGGCUGCUUUGCAAGCUCUGACUUUGCACCAGGACAUCAUGCGUCGGGUCGUUCCCCUGGAUCAGAGUUUCACUGAGAAGUAUGCUGGCAUCUUCCGGUUCUGGUUCUGGCACUUUGGGAAGUGGGUUCCUGUGGUGAUAGAUGACCGUCUGCCUGUGAAUGAGGCUGGCCAGCUGGUCUUUGUUUCCUCCACCUAUAAGAACUUGUUCUGGGGAGCUCUUCUGGAAAAGGCCUAUGCCAAGCUCUGUGGUUCUUAUGAAGACUUGCAGUUUGGACAGGUGUCUGAAGCCCUUGUGGACUUUACUGGAGGUGUGACAAUGACCAUCAACCUGACAGAAGCCCCUGGAAACCUGUGGCACAUCUUAACCCAAGCCACCCAGAGCAGAACCCUCAUUGGCUGCCAGACUCAUUUAGGGAAAGAGAGGGUGCUGGAGAAUGGGCUGGUGGACGGUCAUGCCUAUACUCUCACAGGAAUCCGGAAGGUGACCUGCAAAUAUGGACCUGAGUAUCUAGUGAAGCUGCGGAACCCCUGGGGGAAGGUGGAAUGGAAAGGAGACUGGAGUGACAGCUCAAGUACAUGGGAGCUGCUGAGCCCCAGGGAGAAGAUUCUGCUUCUGCGGAAAGAUAAUGAUGGAGAAUUCUGGAUGACACUGCGGGACUUUAAAGCACAUUUUGUGCUCCUGGUUAUCUGUAAACUAAGCCCAGGCCUGCCGAGCCUAGAUAUGGGCCAGAAAUGGAUGUAUACCAUGCGGGAGGGCCGAUGGCAGAAGGGGAGCACAGCUGGCGGCCGGAGGAAGGCCUCUCCAGACACGUUUUGGAAGAACCCACAGUUCCUGCUAUCCAUCUGGAGGCCUGAGGAAGAUCGGAGGUCCCGGGGUCCCUGCAGUGUGCUAGUGUCCUUGCUCCAGAAGCCCAGACACAGGUGCCGCAACAGGAAGCCUCGCCUGGCCAUCGGCUUCUUCCUCUUCAGAGUGAGCAAGUGCUAUGAGGACCAGAGGAAACUGCCCCCCGAGUUCUUCUGGAGAAAUGCUCCCCUGAGCUGGCCUGAGGUGUUUCUCACAGAGAGGGAAGUGAGUCGGGAGCUGUGGCUGGAGCCCGGCACGUACCUCCUCGUGCCCUGCACAUCCAAGCCCCACAAGGAGGCAGAGUUCCUCCUCCGGGUCUUCUCCAGGAAGCACAUCUUACAUGAACUUGGCAGCAAUUCCAGUGCUGUCUUCUCUAAGGAGAUAGUAGACCAAAAAGAAGGGCAGUAUGAAGUCUUCGCCAAAGUCUUUGAAAAGUAUCCAGAAAUAAAUGCAGUUCAACUGCAGAAGAUCCUGAACCACGUGAUCUGGCCAGGUCUGGCGAAUGCACGGCCCUUCUUCAGCCUUGAUUCCUGCCAGGGGAUCCUGGCCCUCCUGGAUCUUAAUGCAACAGGUACUGUGAGCCUCCAAGAAUUCAGGGGCCUGUGGAAGCGGCUGAUGCUCUAUCAGGAGGUAUUCCACAAGCAAGACAGUCGUGGGUCAGGAUACCUUGACUGGGCACAGUUGCAGGCUGUCAUGAGGGAGGCAGGAAUCGUGCUCAGGGACGAUGUCUGCCAGCUGAUGCUCCUGCGCUAUGGCAGCCCCAGCCUCCGGAUUGACUUUGUCAGCUUUGUCUACUUGAUGAUGCGUGUGGAGAACAUGGAGGAUGUCUUCCAAAACUUAACCCAAGAUGGCAAGGGGAUAUACCUCCAGAAGCCAGAGUGGCUGAUGAUGACCCUGUACUCCUGAGAAAGCCAGAGUUGGUCUGGCCUCACUAAGGACUCUGCAUAUGUCCCAACAUUAUGGAGACCAACUCUUGUUCAUGCCGCUCUUCAGGACCAUAUACCAGCCAUCACCCUCUCAGCUGGGAAGGUUUCUUUCCUGCAGCUCUCUCCUUUGAAUGGCCAGUAUGCAAAAACGGGAAGGGAGGUCAGAAAGAUUGCCUGGAAUUUGUUAAGUCCAUCUACCUUUCCCUGGGGCUGAGGAUUUAGCUCAGUGGCACAGCGCCUGCCUGGCAAGCGCGAGGUCGUGAGUUUAAUUCCUGGUACCAGAAAAAUAAAAACCAAAACAAACAAACAAAAAAUAACCAUCUACCUUUCUCUGAGGCCAUAACCUUGUCAUGAGCACAGAUAUUACUUGAUAUGGCCUAGGCAGUCUGAUUCCAGAGCUGGAGCAGCUCUCCUCUAUGCAACACCUCCAUGACCGAUCAGCUUAAAUAACACUUAGGACGAAUGUCUUGGCUUUGAGGUCUGAAGAGGGAAUGCUACACCCUUAGAGACCUGUAUCAGCAUCUGUAAAUUGAUAGAGAUAUAAGCUGUUUCAACCAUUUGGGGAUGGGGAUAGGAAUUUUAAGAACAUAGAGGAUAAAGUAUUGCCAAGAUCAAGUGGGCAUGUCAGCACUGGCACCUGAACCCACUGCUGUCUUUGGCUAACAAUAUUGCCAGAUGACUGGAUUUUGGGCACCAGUGGAUUUUAAACACCUGAGUUUCCAAAGGCCUUCCUGCUUAUAUCAGUCUAUUUAUUUGACCUACAGACUAUCAUAUUCAUUUCACAUCAGAACUUCUCUGUGUACCUCCUGCAAAGACGAACAAUAAAGUGUACAGUUAACCAGCGGA